AUGACCCUCCAGAAGCAUGAGCCCGAAGACCCGGAUGGAACCGGCAAGGCGCUGUUCGCUGCCUGCGAAACUACAGAGAUGGUCUUGGUUCAACCACUCAACAUCAAAGGAUGGAUGUUUAAAUCGUCUGCGAACAAAUACUACCGUGAGGCGAGCCGGCAGAAUAGACUGUCGAUGAAGAUCCCGUGUUCCACUCCGACGUCAUCACCGAUGUCUGUGCUGACGAAGUCAUCGUCUCAUACUUUACCGGGGUCGGGCACUGCCUGGGAAACGGGCGCUACCAGCAGACCAUAUCCUGAACCCCAAAUCUCCAUGUUGGAAGACCGAGACGCACAGAUUCUUGAUUUGAAGGCUGACGCGUCUCAGACAGUCACUCUUGACUUGAGUGAAGCCCUGAGCGAGCACGUUUAA